UAAAAUCUACGAAGUACUCAAUUUUUUAAACAAAACUCUGGAAAAAUCUGCCUGGGCAGCCGGAGAGAUAAUGACUGUGGCUGAUUUCGCUUUGCUCGCUUCCAUUUCGACCAUUGAUGCUAUCGAUUUUUACAUGAAAAAUUACGAAAAAAUUCAAAACUGGCUCAAAAAUUGCAGUGAAAUGAAAUACUAUGGAGCUAAUAAAAAAGGAAUUGGUGAAAUAGUAUCUUUGUUAAGACCUAAGGAUGCGAAUAAAAGAGAAAAUAAAAUAAAUAAUAAUAAAAAGUCACAAUACUUGGAGAUUAUAUUCGGGGCUAAAUUUUAAAAAAAAUUACGUUUUUCCGUUUUUGGGUUUUUAAACUUUAUAUAAUUUUAAUGUUUAACGU